AUGGCUCCUGCCCAAGGCCCACUGCCCCACACACAGCCAUGCAGCCUGGAGCUCAGGCAGGUAUCCUCUGCUCUCUCCUGCAGGUACACCUCCAUCCUCUCCUUGAUCCGCCUGAAGCCCUCUGAGGCUGGUCGCUACUCCUUCCUUGCUCGGAAUGUGGGAGGCUGGAGCACUCUGACCUUCGAGCUCACCCUACUAUACCCUCCAGAGGUCAGCGUCAAAUGGAUGCACAUUAAUGACUCUAACAUACUGCUCUGUGAAGUCUCCGGGUACCCCCAGCCCAAUGUGACGUGGCUGCAGUGCAGGGGCCACACUGAUAGAUGUGAUGAAGCCCAGGUGCUGCAGGUUUGGGAGGACUCACACCCCGAGGUGCUGAGCCAGGAGCCCUUCCACAGAGUGAUUGUACAGAGCCAGCUGGCCAUUGGAACCUUCAAGCACAACAUGACCUAUGAAUGCAGAGCCCGCAACAGCGUCGGGAACAGCUCCCAGCCCUUCAGGAUGCCCUCUAGAGAACCUGUCAUACAGCCCCUGGAUGAGUCUGUCUUCACACCUGUGGUGGUCGCCUGCCUGUCCAUGAUGGCCUUGCUGCUGCUGCUACUGCUGUUGCUCUUGUACAAGUACAAGCAGAAGCCCAAGUACCAGGUGCGCUGGAAAAUCAUCGAGAGUUAUGAGGGCAACAACUAUACCUUUAUCGAUCCCACCCAGCUGCCCUACAACGAGAAGUGGGAGUUCCCACGCAACAACCUGCAGUUUGGGAAGACCCUGGGAGCUGGUGCCUUUGGGAAGGUGGUAGAGGCCACAGCCUUUGGUCUGGGGAAGGAAGACACUGUCCUGAAGGUGGCUGUGAAGAUGCUGAAGUCCACGGCUCACUCUGAUGAGAAGGAGGCCCUUAUGUCAGAACUGAAGAUCAUGAGUCACCUGGGCCAGCACGAGAACAUAGUCAACCUUCUGGGAGCCUGCACUCACGGAGGCCCUGUCCUGAUCAUCACUGAGUACUGCUGCUAUGGCGACCUGCUCAACUUUCUGCGAAAAAAGGCUGAGGCCAUGCUGGGACCCAGCCUGAAUCCAGGUCAGGACCCUGAGGGGGACACCAGCUACAAGAACAUCCACCUGGAGAAGAAAUAUGUCCACAGGGACAGUGGCUUCUCCAGCCAGGGCGUGGACACUUACGUGGAGAUGAGGCCAGUCUCCACUUCUUCAACUGACUCCUCUGAGCAAGAUAUGGACAAAGAGGCCAGCCGGCCACUGGAGCUCCGGGACCUGCUCCACUUCUCCAGUCAAGUGGCCCAGGGCAUGGCCUUCCUGGCUUCCAAGAAUUGCAUCCACCGGGAUGUGGCAGCUCGCAAUGUGCUGCUGACCAAUGGGCAUGUGGCCAAGAUUGGGGACUUUGGGCUGGCUAGGGACAUCAUGAAUGACUCCAACUACAUCGUCAAGGGCAAUGCCCGCCUGCCUGUGAAGUGGAUGGCCCCAGAGAGCAUCUUUGACUGCAUCUACACAUUUCAGAGUGAUGUCUGGUCCUAUGGCAUCCUGCUCUGGGAAAUCUUCUCACUUGGGCUGAAUCCGUACCCUGGCAUCCUGGUAAACAGCAAGUUCUACAAACUGGUGAAGGAUGGAUACCAAAUGGCCCAGCCUGCAUUUGCCCCAAAGAACAUAUAUAGCAUCAUGCAGGCCUGCUGGGACCUGGAGCCAACCCACAGACCCACCUUCCAGCAGAUCUGCUCCCUCCUUCAAGAGCAGGCUCAAGGAGACCGGAAAGAACGGGACUACACCAAUCUGCCAAGCAGCAGUAGCAGUGGUGGUGGCAGUGGCAGUGAGCCGGAAGAGGAGAGCUCUAGUGAGCACCUGGCCUGCUGUGAGCAGGGGGAUAUCGCCCAGCCCCUGCUUCAGCCCAACAACUACCAGUUCUGCUGAGAUGGUGAUAACAGGGAGCACAGCUCCUCUCCUCCAAGCUCUAGCUCCCCCAUGGAUGGGGCAUCAUGGGGAGAAUACAAACUUUGCCCUUGGUUAUUUCACUCAGCUUGGCCCAGUCUGAAACUUGGGAAUGUGAGGAGUCUAGGAGAGGUCUGAGAGGGCCCCAUUCCCAGGGCCUGGGCCACCACUGCCAAUCAGGGGCUGAGGGCUGAGCCUUCUCCCCUCCCCCACUGUUCUCAUGGUGUUGGCCUGUUUGCUAUGCCAACUGGUAGAACUGCCAGCUCACUCUUGACCUUGUUUCCACUUCCCAAAACCCCCUUCCCUAAUUACCUUUAUGUCUUUGUGGAAAUGGACUUUGUGCCUGAAAGUCUCCAGCAGCUGUCCUAAUAUAAAGAAGACAAGGCUACCUGGAGCUAGGCA